AUGCCCGACCGUUCCGAGGCGGGGACUUGCCCCAAAUCGGAGGUGGAUAAGGCGCCCCCGGCGGAGCUGCUGGUCCAGGCGCACACGUCGGACAGCGAGUCCUCCUGCUCCUUGACGUCACAGCUCGCCGCCGAGGUGGAGAAGGCGCUCCAGUUGCCCCACCUGAGCAGGCUGAUCAAGCUGACCACGGCCAGCCUGGCACAGAUCAUCAUGACCGUCUGCUACGGUGUCUUGUGCCCCGCUUCGGACGAGAGGCGGCUCAUCGUGGCGUUCUGCGUGCUCGUGGGGAGCGUGAUUGCCGUCGUGGGCGUGAUGGACUGCGUGACCAGCAUGCUGGCACCCGCCCACGCGAGGGCGGUGCGCAGGGCCCCUCCCGUGGUGGAAGCGCACUUCGGAUUCCUGGCGAUGAUCUUGGUCUGGACAGUCUUUUUCAGCUUCGCUGACUACUGCAUCUGCGAUGAUUUUGAUGUGUGCGACGUAGUGUUCCCUUUCAGCGAGAUGCAGGGGUGUCUGGAUCUCGGCGGAACUCCGCGUACCAUCAACGAGUGCCAGCACUUGCCCGCGGAGCAGAGGUCCGAGUACGAGGUCCGCCGCGAGUCCUUCGGCAAGUUGGCGGGCAUGCUCCGGAGCGCUGCGACGCUGGCGGAGCCACAGGGAUUGGCUGGAGCUGACGAGAAGAGCUUGCUGCAGAGUUGGAAGGAGACCAAGUUCAGAGUGAAAGAGGCCGUGUUCGACAUGCUUCGGAGCUGCGACCUCGGGCACCUCAUCCGCGAGGCCCCUGCCGUGUGCGUGGAGCCGGGCGACGAUGCCGACGACGCGGGAGGCGCGGCGGCCAGCGGCCCGCCCAGGAGGAGCGCUGCGAAGGGGAAGGCGAAGGCCCAGGCGAAGCCGCAGCCGAAGAUCUGGGGCAAGCGCCCCGCGCCCGCGGAGGAGAAAGGGCUGCAGCAGAGGCCGCAGAGGGCCAAAAGAAAGGGACCGCCGGUGUCAGCGGCAGGGCCCAUUCAAAGCUUGCUCAAGACGCUGGGGCGCUUCAAGGACGAGGAGGACGCGCGGUCGAGAGGCGGCGCUCCGAGGCCGAAGGCGAAGGCGGCAACCACGCGCAACGGAGCCGACACGGAGGUCGAACUGACGAGCGGUCCCGCCAAAGGGUGGAGCGUGAAAGUGGCUCCAGCUGGCGGUGGAAGCCUUUACAGGCAGCCGGAAGCCAAGCGAUGGCUGACGUCCCUCAUCGUCAAGGCGCGCCUGGAGGCCGCUGGCGAAAGUCCUGCCGUCUUCGCGGCGCUGAAGGCCCAAAGCUCCGCGAUGCAGAAGGAUGUCACCCAACGCAGCCGUGCGCGCGGCCGCAGUGACGCGGUUGGGGGCGCUGGCGCCAAGCACAGCGGCCAGGCAGGGUCGGGCCAGAAGCCACAGCAGGAGGACUUACAGCAGGCCCGGGAGAUUAUCGACGGACCGGCAACCAGCUGGAUCCUCCGCGGCAAGAUGAACAGCCAAGGGACCGUGGUUUUCAACUACAAGCGGCCGGGCGAAGACAAGUGGAAGUUUCGCAAGGAUGCGUUCGUCGACAUCGGCGUGGAGGUGAUCGCCGCGCUAGACGACGAGAAGCAGGACAUGCUGCAGGUCAUCAAGGCAAAGAAGGCCGAUGCUCAGCGAGGCGAUGGCGCACCAGCACGACCACCGCCGAAGCGGAGGAAGCUCGCCAACCAGGCCAGCGGCCCGUCGCAGUGCGGGGCCGCGGCCGCCGCGGGCUCCGGCGCCGCGCCGCAGCGGGAGGUGCUCCGGAUCACGCGGGGCGCCGCGGCCGGCUGGAGCGUGCGCUGCGCCCCGUCGCAGCUCGAGCCCCUGGCCUGGGAGUUCCAGCGGCCCAACGGCGGCACCUGGGAGAGGCUGCCUGCCCUCCAGGAGGCUGGCCUCGCAGAGGAUCUCGUCGUGGCGUUGAGGUCUGAGCAGGAGGCUCUCGCCGGCCAAGUCGGCCAGAUGCUGCAGGCGCCGCCGCGCGGCGAGGGCGAGGGCGGCCAGAGCCCGGUGCACCUCGGCUCGCCCAGGGACGUGGGCGACAGCCCGGGCGGCGAGAGCAGGGGCGGGCCGGAGCGGAUGCCAGGCGGCCUCGCGCAGCCCCCGGAGGUGGCGCCGGAGCCGCCGUGCGCCGAGGCGACGUCGCUGCGCGGGCGCCGGCGCACGCCGAGGCCGGACUUCCCGCUCCUCAACCGCGGCAGCACAACAAGCGGCAAGAUUGGCGGACCCUCGCCGGCGUGACGGCGGAGAGCCGCGCCAGGGCGCUCGCGCCGAGGCGGUCGGACGAGUCCGAGCCGGAGCCGGUGGAGUGACGGGGGGGGGCGGUGGCGCGGCGCCCCGCGCGGGCGGGCUGCGGGGGCGUGGCGCAGUGGCAGUCUGCGACCCUUGCUGCUGCCACCCGGGCCUGUGUGGUGCCGCGUUUCACCGGUCACAAGUGGAGCUUUCUGGCGAAGUUGAUUGGCGCUGUGCGCGCGGCGCAUGGGGACGCCUCGGCGAAGGUGCCGCUGGCGCUGCCGGGGGCCGGCAGCACCUGGGUGUAUCUGAGGAGCACGCGCGCGGCAUCGGGACUGGGGAAGCCGCGAGGGCAGCACCAGGCGCCAGGCGGAUUUGGAGACGGUUGUGAGCAACCCCAGACUGGCUUGCCACCAGCUCCCAGAGA